GUGCGGCUAUGGAAAGAUGUGAUCAGUUGUCCUGAAGAAGGCUUUUCCCUCAAAACCCCUGUUGUUAAUCGUGAAAUUUAUAGAGUUCGCUUGAAACAGACCGCGGCUUGUGGAGUGUAAAAUGUUAAUGCACCCCUGCUGAACAUAUAAUCGUCCAGAAAUGAGUGGGAAUUAGUGUACGACAGAGGAUUCCCUCGGCGGUUUCGAUCUGUGAAAUGUCCAAACGCCGUGCUUCGGAACGAGGUGCUGGAGAGUCAUCUGGCAGACCCAGCAAGCUCCUCUGUCCUGGGAUAUCAGGCAGCAAUGCUAAAAGAGCUGGGCCCUUUGUUUUAGGCCCACGGCUGGGAAACUCUCCUGUGCAGAGUAUAGCGCAGUGCCUUGCCAGAAAGGAUGGGACGGAUGAUUUCUACCAGCUUAAGAUACUGACCCUGGAAGAGCGUGGGGACACUGCAGGAGAGACGCAGGAAGAAAGGCAGGGCAAAAUGUUGCUGCAUACAGAGUACUCUUUACUGUCACUGCUCUCCAACCAAGAGGGAGUGGUGCACCACCAUGGCCUAUUCCAGGACCGCUCCUGUGAGGUUGUGGAGGACAUGGAGGCCAACAAAGUACGAAAGAUGAAGAGGCGAAUAUGUCUGGUGCUUGACUGCCUCUGCGCCCAUGACUUCAGUGACAAGACAGCCGACCUAAUCAACCUGCAGCAUUAUGUUAUUAAAGAGAAGCGGCUGAGCGAGCGUGAGGCCAUCGUCAUUUUCUACGAUGUAGUGAGAGUGGUGGAGGCAUUACAUAAGAAGAACAUCGUCCAUCGUGACUUGAAGCUUGGAAACAUGGUGCUUAAUAAAAGGACUCAUCGGACCACCAUCACAAACUUUUGCCUUGGCAAGCAUUUGGUUAGUGAGGAAGAUCUGUUAAAGGACCAGAGAGGCAGUCCAGCCUACAUCAGCCCAGAUGUCUUGAGCGGUCGGCCAUACAGGGGUAAGCCCAGUGAUAUGUGGGCACUCGGUGUGGUGCUGUUUACCAUGCUCUAUGGCCAGUUUCCAUUCUACGACAGUAUACCUCAAGAACUCUUCCGCAAGAUCAAAGCUGCAGAGUACUCCAUCCCUGAGGAUGGGCGGGUAUCUGAAAGUACGGUAUGUUUGAUCAGGAAGCUUUUGGUUCUUGACCCACAGCAGAGACUUAGUGCCACCGAUGUGCUGGAGUCACUAAGCGCCAUCAUCGCCUCCUGGCAAUCUGUGUCCUCCCUGAAUGGCCCUCUACAAGUUGUGCCAGACAUAGAUGAUCAGCUUAACCACCCCGAACAUCUUCAGGAGGCUAAAGUAACCGAAGAGUCGUCUCAGUAUGAAUUUGAGAACUACAUGAGGCAGCAGCUGUUGUUGGCGGAAGAGAAGAACACUAUCCAUGAGACCAAGAACUUCCUCAGCAAGAGACAUUUCGGUAAUGUGCCUCCAGUGAGGCGCCUCGGCCACGAUGCUCAACCCAUCAGCCCUCUGGAUGCCGCAUUACUGGCCCAACGCUUCCUCCGGAAGUAGUCACUGGGAGCGGAGCAAGCCACGGAACUGGGCACACACUUGUAUGUUUGCGUGCGAGAGAGAGAGAGUGUGUGUGUGUGUGUGUGCGUGCGUGCGUGCGUGUGUUUGCGAAUGCACAGUGUGAGACAGGCAGACACACGUGGACCAAGGAAUAGCUCACCGCUCUGUUGCUCCAUUCAUCCACCCAGGAAACAAACUCUGCCUUUGGGUGGCACACGGGACUCUGAUGAGACACUGACCCCCGCCACCACCUCCAUGCCAAUCCUUGCCCAAAUCUGACAUACACACACUCACACACACAUUUUCAGCAAUACCCAAACAGAAUCAUGUAGCAAAUGACACAACCCUCCCUUCCUCAUCUCUCCUUUACUCAGCCUCUCCCUCAGCACUUUCAAUUGGAAAGGUGCGGAUCCACGAUCAAACCUCUCUUCUCUCUCUGUCACUUUCUGUUGGCCUCAACCAGUCUGUAUUGCUCAUCUGUGUCUAUGACUGCAAAUCUACCUCUUACCAUUUCUCUCUCCCUUUCCUCCUUUUUCAGUCCGUUUUUAACUAUGCUCUUGGUUGUUUUGAAAGCAGGACUCUGUGUGUUAGGGGAGACAAGCACAGGCUCAAGAGCAUUAGCAUUGAGGUUGUGUAACUAUUCUGUGUCAGAACCAUUGAUUGUUUUUUUCCUCAUAAUCCGAAUAAGCUUUUGUGGUAGCAUUUACAUAAGAUUAUUUUUGUUUCCAUUGAAGAUUUUCAGUAUCACAAUUUAGCAAGCUAUAACCUCAUAUUAUUGAAAUCAUAGCAGAACAUGUUUCCUGUCCUCUAUUUGAAUGGGUUUCUCUUGGCAGCUAUUGUCACAAAUUAUUCCGCUUUGAUGCUUACAACAAAAAGCAUAACUUUGCAUCCAAGCCAGCCAGUAUGGUACGUUAUUCCCCCUCCAGCUUUGAUCCUAUCAAAAGGUAGCAAGGCCACAAUUGACUUUUGUAUUCAUCCAAUCACAAAUGGAAAUAUAGUUUAAGGAUGUGAUAUGCCACUACAGUGGACUCUAAAGAACUGAGCUGAGUGGUAUUAUUUUUAGAUUAAAUUUGUGUCACACUAGGGUUGUGCUUGGAAAACGGGAAGGGAUGGGACAUCUUGUUAUGGGAUGAAACUGUCAGGAAGCAGGGUGGCUGAGCUGGCAUUCAUGCGGAAGUCUAAGCCAAGAUAAGCCCCGCAGGCACAGCCCUUAAGCCGUCCUUUCCCUUUGCGUCCCUCUGUCUAGAACGCCCGCCCUCUGAUAGCAUGCCAAACCAUCAAAGUGCAUCUUCUGUCAUGUCCUGUAUUUCCGGUGCUUUCGUUCCCCACACAGAAUUUAGCUGCAGCUCAGGGAUCAAGAUUUGGCCACAUGGGAACGUUUUUGGCCUCAGUGAUUCAAAGAAAACCCAUUGUAUAGAGGACUCUUUUGUAUAGUGUUAUUUUCCCACCUGCUCCUCAUUUGCGUGUAUGGUUAUUAAAGGGGUAGGUUGCCAAAAGUAAAGAUUCUCUCAUUUAUUCACGCUUAAGUUGUGUCAAAAUCAUAUUACCACAUAAGGGUGAGUAAAUAAUUUGAUUUUAUUUUUGGGGUGAACUAUACCUUUUAAAUGCUUCAUGAUCAUCAGGAAUGAAAUGCCAUCAAAUUCACUCCGUCUGUUGCUUGCAUAAUAUUACUUUGUUUGAGAAUAUCGCAUAGGACACAGAUUCUCAUAAUCUAGUUUGACUGUUUUCCAAUCCCGUAUCUAAGAUACCCAUGUGUAUAAAAGCAUAAUUUUGGGAUAUCUUGCCUUAGAUUAUUGACAGAGUCCCAAUUCAACAGUUAGCAGUGAAUAUGUACUUUGAUGCUAGAAUAUAUCAUAGUGUAAUAGGCGGUUGGCUUGCAUCGACCUGUGGACCUGUGGCUUUAGUUUGCGAUGCCUUUAUGUCUGGCUCCACUCAUGUCAUUAAAUGAAAAGGUCAUUCAGUACUGUAGGUCUCAUGACUGGCAGCUUGGCUUGUCAUUUUAAUCUCUUUCAUUUCCUCUCUCAAAGUAAAGUCUGAUAGUACUUCCUUACCUUUCUGUGACUUCAUUUUAAUUUAUUUGCUGUUUAUAAUUCACCCGCCUCUUGUCUUUUUUCCAAGCGCUGUUGCCGUGGUAAAUGUAGAGAUCAUAUGUCACUCAAAAGUAUUGAUGUGAUCUCUCGUUUAUUUUUCUCCUAUCUUCAGUGAAGGUUUUUGUUUUCUUGGCUCUCUGUUCCUAUUAGUUUUUUUGUUGUUUUUUAAUUCUUGAAUAAUUGUCACAACAAUCCUGUUGGUAUAUUAAGCUACACUAAUGAGACUGACUUUGCAUAGCUUUAUUUUUAAGUCAACUAAAUUAUCAUGCUCAUUCGCAUGACAUGUAGAAUCGAUGUAGAGUUUAUCUUGUAAUGCAAGGAUGAUACCGCUCUCUGGCCAGUGUGAAUAACACCACGGCGAAUGGUGUCAGUAGUGCAAAGCCCAGUGCAGGGUAUUAUCAUUAUUUUGGAGAAUCACACGAAGGUUUCCACAUUAGUACUUUUUCAAAGUGAUGUUGCCUGCCACCAUUGAAAGCAUUAGUCUUUUUCCACCUUAAUGUGAAUAUAUUUGGUUGUAAAGCAGUAUUGUAGUGGAAGAUAUAUGUGAAAUUGCCAGACUUUUGCAAGCAAAUCAAAUUCUAAAAGGAAUUUUAACAAAAGCCACUAUCUCAUAGCAAAUCUGUAUGGUUGCGAUAUGACUGCUGUUGACGUGGUUGUGUAGUUUGCACCUGAAACCUAGUUGAAAGAAAUUAGUUAGGAUGUCUAUGUUUAAGAUGCCCCCCUACGCAAGUAAUUGAAACCAGUAGCCCCUUUGCAUAGACAGUUUUGUGAUGUCAACAUUCUGUCAGCAGCAUGAGAAGUGUACGUUGUUGAGCUCUGUAUACAUUUUAAAAGUAAUUAGUGCAUGAUUCUAAUUAGUGCCACAAGGUGCAGCGGAAAUCGCAAUGGUUGUGGGUGUUUUGCAAAUGACUUGCAGUACAAAAAAAAUAAAAUAAUAUAUAUAUAAACAAAUACAGAAAGACACUGCAAACUAACAUUUAAUUUUGACUUCAAUUUUCUUUUCUCUUUUGGCCACUUUGUGCAGAUAUUUGAUAAUUUGGGAGAUUUCUCUUUAGAAUUGCUACUUUUUUUUUCAUCUUUAAAUAAAACUGGAAAAUGUAAAAGCUCUGGUGUACAAUGAAACAUGAUGAAGCUACUCAAAAGCCUGAACAUUUGUGUUGUAAGCUGCUUGGUUAGAAAGGUGUCAAAGAAAAAAAAACUGGGUAAUUGUACAAAUGAAAACAAAUUUGUAUAAAAGACAUAUUUUUGUACUUCAUCAAAUCUCUACUUGCAUGUCAGCAAUAAAUUUGAUAUGGAAAAA